GGGCCGAAUAUACAAUUAUAGAAAAGAAGUGGGGGUGGUUUUGAAUAAAACAAAGAACAUUUAGGGAAGGAGAGAGAGAGAGAAAAUACCCCAGCGGAGAGAAGCAGCUCUCCCGGGAAGGAAGAUGACCUAACCACACUACUCUCUCUACGAUAAAUUUUGGUUGAUUAUCAUCUCAAUUUUUCAGAGUGAUUAGAGGAGGUGAAGAGGAAAAGGGGGUAGAAAUGUCAGACCUAGACAAGCAGAUAGAGCAGCUGAAACGCUGCGAGCCACUGAGCGAAUCGGAGGUGAAGUCUCUUUGCCUCAAAGCCAUGGAGAUCCUCGUUGAAGAGAGCAACGUUCAAAGAGUCGAUGCUCCCGUCACUCUAUGUGGGGACAUACAUGGGCAGUUCUAUGAUAUGAUGGAGCUUUUCAAAGUUGGGGGUGAUUGCCCUAAGACCAAUUACUUGUUUCUUGGUGAUUUUGUUGAUCGUGGUUACUACUCUGUUGAGACCUUUCUACUUCUGCUCGCUCUCAAGGUUAGAUAUCCAGACCGUAUAACUCUCAUCAGAGGAAACCACGAAAGCAGGCAAAUCACACAGGUUUAUGGAUUUUAUGAUGAGUGUUUGCGUAAAUAUGGCUCUGUUAAUGUCUGGAGAUACUGCACCGACAUUUUCGACUACAUGAGUCUUUCAGCUGUUGUUGAGAACAAGAUAUUCUGUGUUCAUGGCGGUCUCUCUCCAGCUAUCAUUACUCUUGAUCAGAUCAGGACAAUUGACCGGAAGCAAGAAGUGCCACAUGAUGGUGCCAUGUGUGACCUCCUAUGGUCUGAUCCUGAAGAUAUUGUUGAUGGCUGGGGAUUGAGUCCUCGUGGUGCUGGGUUCCUUUUUGGCGGCAGUGUUGUCUCCUCUUUUAACCACACAAACAACAUAGACUAUAUUGCCCGAGCCCAUCAGCUUGUUAUGGAGGGUUUCAAAUGGAUGUUCGAUAGCCAGAUUGUCACAGUCUGGUCAGCCCCAAAUUACUGUUACAGGUGCGGUAAUGUGGCUUCGAUUCUUGAGCUCGAUGAGAAUCUAAACAAAGAGUUCCGUGUGUUCGAGGCAGCGCAGCAGGACUCGAGAGGGCCUCCCGCUAAAAAGCCUGCCCCUGAUUACUUCCUAUAAGGGGCCGAACUUUGACAACCCUACUACUACUUCCGAAGUAGAACUGAGGAAGAGAAUCACAACUCGUUCAAGAGUCUGUGUCACAGUGCAAGACAGAAGAAGUUUAUACGAUACAGGCGAGAUCUAUUUAAGUCACACUGGGGUUGUUUGAAAAAAAGAAUACUGUUGGUUCCGGAUUUUACUUGUAAUGUUAGUUAAAGAGUGUUGUGUGUGAUGGUAGUUAAAAUGAGUGUGUUUAUGUCAAAAUUCAAGUUUUGUAAUUUCAUAAGAAAAGACCUCAAUAACAAUUUUGAAGCUCACAGUCAUUUCAAUAGAGAGUUUCACUUGAA